AUGUCACGACACACAAGCUUGCGCCGUACCUGGGACAAACAAGAAUACGAACAGCGUGCACGAGAUCGUGCUCGUCGUGAACAACAGCUAGAAGAGAAGGAAGAGCGAAAACGUAAAGGUCUAAAACCUAAACCAGCUGACGAUAUUUUGGAUGAAGAGGGACCUCGUGAUUUGCUCACGGCGCGCACAGAGAAAGUUGUGCUCGAUGCUAACUUGAAUAGGACCCAGUUGAUUCAAAGCACUAGUAUUGCCUCGAAAAUACCAGGAUAUUAUUACCUACAAAAUGGUGUACAAGCGAAAUAUCUUUCUGAACAGAGCAUUGCUCAGUUAGAAAUAAAUCAUAGUGAUCUUAUAUACAUAACUUUUGAAGAUGGAGCGAAAUCAGGUACUUCAGCAGUUUCCGCUGGUAAACAGCCAGCAUUAACAGUAGGAUCAUUUAAGCCAACAACAAAUAUCAAUUCAUCAUCAACAUUGAAUAUAAAACAAGAAGUUGUGGAUGAUUAUUUAGAGAAACAGUCUGGCUUAUUAAGCGAGGAU